AUGGGCAUUAUGUACUCAUUUUGCGACAUUUUAAACGCCAUGGCUCGACAGCACUUCGUCAUCGGCGUUGCAGCUGUGGCUGUUUUGUACACGUCAGUGUAUGUGUUUCUGUCCUCACUGCGGACUGUGACCGAUGAGGGCGACAUGCAUCAAGGCAUACCGCUGCAGCAGCCCAGUUUCGCGGCGUGCUCGCUGUUCAAACGCCUGGUUUUAUUCGGGACUGCGGUGAAGAGGUUCGUCUACAAAAGACCGAAUCGCGGUACAUCGAGUGGCAUCAAAGCUCAAAUAGAGGCGGCUAAGUUGACCGAUUGGAUCGACACUAGGACGAAGACGAUCUACUUCAUCCGUCAUGGGCAGUCGAUGUGGAACCUGACGUUCAACAACCCGUACAACGUCAUCGGGCUCCUAUUUCGUGUCCUCAGCAUGACGUUCGCCGAGCUCAGCUUUCUUUUUACCAACGACACCUUCUUCUACGACUCGCCGCUCUCCAUGAACGGCAUUAACCAAGCGCUGGAGCUGUGCAAGGAGCUUUCCGACCCCAACAACCACCGUUGCGCGGAAAUGCAGGUGCUAACUCGUGCCUCCGGGCAGCGCAGUGCGCUCUUCACGUCGAAUCUGCGCCGCGCGCAGUCGACCAUCCUGCUGGCGCUGCAGGACCGCCUAAGUCACACCGGUGAACGCGUCUACGUCUGCAACGAGCUCGAGGAGCUGGUCCCUCACCCCGACUGCGUCUCGCUCUCCACCUCGGUGAAGACCGCCGUCAUCCCGUUUCUCGAGGUCAUGAUGAUCCCGGACAAGGCGCGGACGUACUCACAGCACCUGCAGCAGACUGACGGCCCCGUGGUGUCGCAUCUUCCCGUGUACGACAAGAUGCUUAUGUUUAACGAACGUGUCUUCAAGCAGCCUGAGGAGGCCAUCGUCGUUUGCGGCCACAGCCGCUGGCUGCUCGACUACCUCAACAUCUUCCUGCCGCAGGGCGCAACGGACAUGGAGUACUGCAAAACGAAGAUCGGUAACACGGACACGCUGCGGUUCGACCUGGUGCGCCGCGAGUUCAAGAACGGCGAGGUCUACUACGUGAUUGACCCCCACAGCGUCAAGCUAGUGUACAAGAGCGCGACUUAA